GCCGAGCAUCUCAGAAGAAGACUUCUACUAGGUCUUUCACCAUCUCCGCCAAGCUCUCGCCCUUUCAUGGCUUCCUCCACCUACGCCACCAAGCUCUCCACUCUUCUAUCCCCACCGCUUGGGAAAGUCUCCAAAACCCCACCCAAACCAUGCCGCCGCCUCCUGCCCCUCGCCGCCGCACGAAAACCUACAGCGAUGGCGGCGGCGUCGUCGUCGAAGAAUCCCAAAUCCGAGAGUACCGAAAAUUGCUUCUCGUCCUAUUUCGAUUACGAAGACGAACGCUCGAGCGACCAUCCCAGGGAAGAGUGCGGCGUCGUGGGAAUCUACGGCGACCCUGAGGCCUCCCGCCUCUGCUAUCUGGCUCUCCACGCUCUGCAACACCGCGGGCAGGAAGGAGCCGGCAUCGUCGCCGUCCACGACAACAUUCUCCAGCACAUCACCGGCGUCGGAUUGGUCUCGGACGUGUUCACAGAGUCCGAACUCGACAAGCUUCCCGGCGAAAUUGCCAUCGGACACGUCAGGUACUCCACCGCCGGCUCAUCCAUGCUCAAAAACGUCCAGCCCUUUGUCGCCAGCUGUAGGUUCGGCUCCGUUGGGGUCGCCCACAAUGGCAAUUUGGUAAAUUACGAAUCCCUGCGUGCAACCCUAGAGGAAAACGGGUCAAUUUUCAAUACAUCUUCAGACACAGAGGUGAUUCUCCAUCUCAUUGCCAUAUCAAAGGCGAGGCCUUUCAUUCUUAGGAUUGUAGAAGCCUGCGAGAAGCUCGAGGGAGCUUAUUCUUUGGUGUUUGUAACUGAGGAUAAACUCGUCGCGGUCCGGGACCCGUUCGGGUUCCGGCCAUUGGUGAUGGGCAGGAGGAGGAAUGGGGCGGUCGUUUUCGCCUCCGAAACGUGCGCCCUCGACCUAAUCGAAGCCACAUUCGAGCGGGAGAUUUAUCCCGGCGAAGUCGUGGUUGUGGACAAGGAAGGGGUCCAUUCCCUUUGCCUGAUGACUCGCCCCAAGUCUUCGCAAUCUUGCAUCUUUGAGCACAUUUACUUCGCCCUCCCGAACUCGGUCGUGUUCGGGAGGUCGGUGUACGAAUCCCGGAAAAAAUUCGGGGAGAUUCUCGCCGUCGAGUCCCCCGUUGAAUGUGACGUGGUGAUCGCGGUCCCCGAUUCGGGAGUCGUGGCCGCACUGGGCUACGCUGCUCAAUCAGGGGUCCCGUUCCAACAAGGGCUAAUACGGUCACAUUACGUGGGCCGGACGUUCAUUGAGCCCUCGCAAAAGAUUAGGGAUUUCGGGGUGAAGCUCAAGCUCUCGCCGGUGAGGGCGGUGUUGGACGGGAAGAGAGUCGUCGUGGUGGACGAUUCCAUCGUGAGGGGGACCACCUCGUCAAAGAUUGUAAGGUUGUUGAAGGAGGCGGGGGCCAAGGAGGUCCACAUGAGGAUCGCGAGCCCUCCGAUCAUAGCAUCUUGUUACUAUGGGGUGGACACGCCUAGCUCGGAGGAGUUGAUAUCGAACCGGAUGAGCGUGGAGGAGAUUCGGGCGUUCAUCGGGUCGGACUCACUCGCAUUUCUGUCGAUCGAUAGCUUGAAGACGUAUUUGGGGACGGACGCUCCGAACUUCUGCUACGCGUGCUUCUCCGGGAAGUACCCCGUCCUCCCGACGGGGAAGGUGAAGAGGGUUGGGGAUUUCAUGGAUGAUGGGUUGAGUGGAAACAUGGGCUCUAUUGGUGGAGGCUGGUUACACAACAUUGGUUCUGAAUGAGAACCAAGUAUUUUUAUUAUUGUUCUUAUCAUUAUCAUCAACUCACAUAUUUCCAAAGAAGGCUAGGGAUUGUUUGUUUGUCUUCUAUAAUUUAUGCCUGAAUUGGAACCAAUUUUGAUUUUAGUUUGCAACUGCUGUUUGAG